UCCUGCGCGGAAGUUUGAACCUUUGUUCGUCGCGUUCGAUGUACUUCUAGCAGUUGAAACGAGGAAACCUUUCAUGGCUCUUAGCGCAACUAAUUUACGUUCUGCUCAACGUGUUCGGAAUAGAACGGGUGAACUCCACAGCAAGGGACAAGCAUGCCUGAAGUUCUGCGUGAUGCUUCUGAUGUUGCAAUGUUUCGGUCCUUCUACUCACUGCUUCGACCAGGUGUGCUACCUUCCAGCUCCGACAUCACCUGAGGCACUGCCCCUGGCUAUGGUCAAUGUGAGUCUUUGUAGCCACAUCAUCUUGGGCUUCGCCACGGUCGGCCAAGACUACAGCGUCGACUUGGAUCCCCUUGGGGGUCAGGAAGCACUCGCAUCAUUGGCUGUUUUACGGAAGCGUAAACCAACGCUGAAGCUUAUGAUGUCCGUCGGAGGAGGAGACAUCUUCAAGGCAAUGGUUUCCUGUGCGUCCCGCCGCCAGCGAUUUAUCAACUCCACGGCCUGGGCACUGCGGACAGCAGACCUUGAUGGGCUUGACCUGGAUUGGGAGUUUCCUUCGCCCAAGGAUGCCGCCAAUUUCGUCCUCCUCCUGGAGGAAACCACUGCGGAACUCAAGAAAGAUCCUGAGCGCCCCCUUCUUCUCUCGGUUGCUGUGCCUGCUCCACUGCUGCUCGUUUUGAAGUCAUAUACUGUCCCCUCUAUUGCUAAGUUCGCAGAUUUUGUAAACCUGAUGACCUACGACCUGCACACCUAUCAGUGGUACACUCCGUUUGUGGACCACAACAGUCCACUGUUUGCGAGAUCUGGUGAAGGACCCUACUUCAAUACGCUCAACUUGGCUUACAGCGCAUAUGCAUGGGCAGAAUUGGGCAUGCCUAAAUCGAAAAUUAUGGUCGGAAUCCCCACAUACGGGCUCUCCUGGAUACUCAAGAAUUCGUCACAAUGGCAAGUUGGCUCAUUGGCUACAGGACGUGCCAAACAUGGAGGCGGUUUCGUCAAUUUUCCAGAAGUCUGCGCACUGCUGAAACACGGCUCAAAGCGAGAGUACGAUGCCGAAUCAAUGGUCCCAUACCUCCACGAAGGAAAACUCUGGGUUAGCUACGACGACCAGGAAAGCGUGGCACUCAAGACAAAGUGGAUUCUUCGCAAUGGAUAUGGAGGUACCAUGACCUUCAGCCUGAGCUCCGAUGACUGGGCUGGGAAAUGUGGCAAUGGGUCCUUCCCACUCCAGAGAGUCAUUGCUCACCUAGGCACUGGGAACAACUCCGUGCAUCUGGAUCAAGAUUCUCUAAAGCUCUAACACCACAAGAGUUUUCUUGUAGCUGAAUACAAUACAUAUGUAUAAGCACGAGCUUCUGAUCGGCCGAGUGGCUUUCUUUUUCGGCUGGCGUUCGAGUGAGACAAAAAAACCAUGUAAAUUAUUUGGAGCCAUACUUCCCAUUUUUAUGACUGUGCAAUAAGAAAUUUUAAGAACCGUAGGCUACCUACAACGCCUUCAACUGUUCGCAAUUUAUCAGAAAAGCGUUAGCUAUGCUGCCAAAUCUGUCGGUGAAAUAAAUUGCUGAAUUAUGUGUAAUUUGUCCGCGAUUAACAGAGUGUACAAAACGUAAUAUUCAAGCACUCUACUUGUGUGGCAAAUAUUUGCGAAGCUGCCUCUUUACACCUAUUUUUUGUUGUUAUUUUAAACACAAUAAAGGAAAAGAGAACUUAUGUACUUGCUGA